CUCGCACGUCAUUAAUUUUGCAUACGAACUCCCGUAUUCCGAAACAAAAUGAACCACGACUACAAAAGUGCUCAUAAAAUAAAAUUUAAAUAGUAUAAAACAUCGUGAGUCGUCAAUAAUAAUGGUCACAUUCUGCUUGUGCAUAUAUAUUACAUUGAUACGCACCUGCUGGUGUCGAUUAGCUUGUCAUAAUCCUCUGUUAAGACAAAGAGAAAGAAAAAAAAAAGAAUAUGAACACAACCAAGAAGGUGUUGGAUGUGUCACCGUUCUUGCUAUUAGAAUCAUCUGCAGAUUCUGAUUCCUAUCGCCAAGGCGGAGGCGCCGAUCAGAUCGAGGGUUCCCACGACGGCGAACCCAAUGUUAACAAUAACAAUUACGCGGAUCGAGAUGAUACUGAUGAGUCUUGUACUGCCAAUCCAUACGAGACGUCUUGUGUGACGACCUGGACACCGAUUUUCGAUGCGGAGGAUACGGUGAAAGAAGAAAUAAUUCUCACAGCAGGGGAGGAAGAAGACGAGGACGGAGAAGGAGAGGUGAACAGCUACAUCAUAAGAUAUAUGAGAAGUCAACGUGAAAAUCUUACCGUUGAUUCUAGUGCGGUGGUGAGUGAGAUGGAUAAAAGUCGAAUGUUCUGGGAAGCUUGUCUCGCUUCCUGAUCUGUCUCACUGAGAGGGAAAACGAACAACGUCUUUUUGUCUAAGCUAACUAGGUCUAAUACAUGUCUAUCUAUUUUUUUUAUUUUUUUGGGAUUUUUGCUUGCAAAAAGGUGUCUACGAAUCACAUCUACCCAUCGAUUAUGUCCACAGAUUUUCUUCAUCAAAUAAGAAAAGUAUCAGCAUCAAUCUAAUCGAGUUCUCUUGUUAUUAAUAAUAAUAAAUUUAUGUUUUCACAUGUAUCCAGUUACAAACCCUUCAACAUUUAAUUAAACACUAAGAAACGAAAAAAGGGUUAUGAUUUGAUACGUAUACAACUACAAGUAUACAUAUAUACCAGAGGGGGACUGUAUUAAAUUUGAAAAAGGAGAAACAAGUAGGCAGUAUUUGUUUGUUGUUGUAACAAGUAGGCAGUAUAAUAGUGUACAAGUGGUUUCUUCAUCAAGGAUGCUUUACUAAAUUACUCAAUGCUAAUUGCUCACCCAAUAAUUUGAUAGUUUCAGUUGGAAACCAAUUUUCUUGUUUUAAAUAAACAUCGAUUCUCUAAAUAAAAUAAAACAUAAAGAUUCCAUAGCCAGCAAAGCUAAAGAGCAAGAACAACUAAAGAAUAGUUUGGUGGUUUUUACUAUGUAUAUGUGAGCUUCAUCUUUUUUGACCGAUAAUUGAUUUGAUUUUUUGAAAAAGCCGAUAAUUGAUUUGAUAGUUGUAUAGUGUAUACUUUUAGAUGCUUUUUAAUUACUGGUGUAUCAUAUAUAUAUAUUGGACUCACCAACAAGAAUCUUUAUAGUCUAGUGAUGACCACUUUUCCACACAUGGAAGUUAAGCUUAUGAUGAUCUUUUGAUGUUGGUCGAAUCUACUAGUUAUGAGCUGGGUUAUUCUAUUAAUUCAGUUAAUCGUCGAGUUGAAAGAAUCCAGCCUUAGUUAUGAAAAAAAGAAGAAGAGUAAAAUAAGGGAAUAUAAAAA